AUGGACGGGAAGCGGAAGGAUGCUUUGAAGCAUGCCAUCUCUGCUGCCGACUUCUACAUGAAGGCCAUCCAGAAUGGGGCUCCAGGGGUAGACGCUGCUAAACUUCGUAACAAGAUCUCAUAUCUGCUUGAGCUUGGCGAGACCAUCAAGGCAAAUGAGAAGCAAGCAGGCCUCAGCUCUCGACCUCCUGAGCUCAUAUCCACCCGCGUCCUUUCCACGUCUGAAAGGACUAUUCUAUUAAGGUCUUCGAAGCUCCAUGGCCUCAUCUUUCCGCCUUGGACGGCAGACACCGAAUCCAAGGUUGAUUCCACGCCUUUUUCUCUCUCUCCCGAGCAGCGGGCCAUCUUCUCUGGUUGGAAACGGCCUUUGGAACUGGUGCCCGGGGUCGACGACGGCAAUCUGGAAUGGAUGAUGACUGCUGAGAACCCAAUCGACCUGGCCCAGGAUUUGGCGACGGAUUGUUCCGUCGUAGCCAGCUUGUGUGCUGCCUCUCCCCACUUUACCUCGGAGAAGGGUUCUUUGCUUUCCUCGCUCAUGUAUCCGUUCGACUAUGAGCAUAAGCGUCCCAAGGUUGUUAAGAAUGGCCCAUAUCUCUUUCGUCUCAACUUUAAUGGAUGCUGGCGUUCUGUUGCUGUUGAUGACCGCCUCCCGGCUACGUCAACGGACCGGACGUUGUACGUGGUGGAUCGGCGCAAUCCUAAACUAUUAUGGCCUGCCUUGGUUGAGAAGGCAUACCUGAAAAUACGCGGGGGCUACGACUUUCCCGGAAGCAACUCCGGCACAGACUUGCAUGUCUUGACUGGUUGGAUACCAGAACAGAUCUUCCUGAAGAGUGAUGACAUCGAGCUCGACCAAACCUGGGACAGAAUUAAGAAAGGAUACGAUGAUGGAAACGCCAUCUUGACGUUGGGGACGGGGAAUAUCCCACCAGAAGAAGAAGAGGCCCUGGGUUUGGUCAGGGAACAUGACUAUGCAGUUCUUGACGUACGAAGCGAUGGUAACAGUCGUUCAUUGCUGAUCAAGAACCCUUGGGUUGACAGCCUGGUGUGGACAGGCGUAGGGUCUUCAGCAACCCUCAAGACGCACACCGUGGGAUCAAAACCUGAGCACGCAACAAACCAGUUCUGGAUGGCCUUUGAGGAUGCUCUGCAGCACUUUGACUCUCUCUACGUCAACUGGAACCCAAACCUCUUCCAGUUCCGCCAAGACCACCACUUCAAAUGGGACAUGCCGGACGCAACAGAAGAGCUGGUCUUCACCAAGAACCCGCAAUACAGCGUGGUAUCCUCUUCCAACAGCCCCAUAUGGGUCCUCCUGAGCCGUCACUGGCAAGAUGGCGAGCUUGAAAUCCUGCGAGAACGAAAAGCCGAGCGAGACCGCCACAACGCUUCCCUCGCUCAUGUCUCCAAGCAGCUCGGGUUCAUGUCCCUCUCGAUCUUUGCCGCCUUCCCGCCCGGUACCCGGCUCCCACUGCCAGAAAACCACCGGUGCCUCCACCAGGGACCCUACGUUGACAGCCCCAACACAUUGCUGCGUUACGAUCCCACUCCCAACAACCCCCAAACCCUCGUCGUGGCCCAGGGUGAGCUUCCGCUGCCAACAUACAACUUCACCCUAUCCUUCUUCUCCAACUCGCCCUUGACUAUCCGUCAAGCCCCUGAACCGCUCAGCCACAGCGAAACCAUCACCGGCGCCUGGAACCGGCGGAAUUCAGGCGGCUCGGCGGCUCACCCGUCCUAUUUCAUCAACCCGCAGUACUCCAUCACGCUUCCCCAAACCACCCCUCUGUCCAUUUUACUCUCGACAGAUGUGAAAGACUUGCCAAUUCACAUCGCGCUGAUCUACUCGUCAAAAAAUAUAACCAGCAUCUCUGGCAGAGAUAUCCUGGUGUCAUCACCGGAAUACCAGCGAGGCGCGACGUUUUGCCAGACUCACGGGUCGCAGCCUCUGGCGGCGGGGACGUACACGGUCAUCUUGUCUACUUUUGAACCGGGCCAGCUAGGGAAGUUUGUGCUGAGGGUGGCGACGGAGGUGGAAGGGGUGGUGGUGGGGCAGGUGAUGUCGUCGCAGGCGGGGAAGCUGAGGUCGGUGUUCCCGGAAGUGGCGGUUUUUAAGAAUGGGGAGGAGAGGUUGAGGGGACGCGUGGGGAUUGGGAGGUUGACCAGGUUGAGUGUUGUUGCGAGGGCGGCGGUUGCGGGGGGGGAGGCGGGGAAUGGAGGGGGAGGACUGAGGAUGAAGCUGGAGUUGGGGACGGGAGUGGGGAGGAGAGUGGUUGACAGA